AUGAAUGGCUGGGUCGCUGUAAGCCGGGACAACCGCUGCCGAGCGGACGCGCGCCCGGCCGUGGCGCUCUUGGUCGAGGGCGCGGGUCCCGGGGGGAGGGACGCCCCCCUCCGCCCGCCUGGCAGCAGACUCGCCGUAAAUGCACUUCAGGGACGCGAGGAUAACGAGAUGGAUUCGCACAAGCCAGUGGGGGGAGACCCGGGUGCCAGGCGAGGCUGUCGGUGGGGAGGGUUUGAUUUUUAUUGCUGCGGAAUCGGCGCCCCGCCUCGAGUUAAGACCUCAGUGAAAGACCUUCCCCUCCCCUCCCCAGUGGUCUCCACGUCGCGAGUCACAGAUUCCCUCCCGCAUUCCGGGACGAGCGGUCGGGUUGGCGGGGGAACGGUGCGUGUUCCUCAAGCUCUCGCCCUCUCGGGGCAGGGAGGGUGCGGGACCCCGAUCCGGGACGGCGGGUGA